AACUGGGCGCCCUACAAAUCCCGCCGCUCCGGCGGGGCUGGCGGCAGAGCGGCGCCGGGAGGCUCCCCCCGGCCGGCUGGUCCUGGGGCGGGGCGGGAAGAAACGCGGCUCUCGGUGCCUCGCCGCGCUUUUCCCUGGGGAGAGGGGAAACUUCGCCGGCGGGCGGGAGGCAGAGGAGGAGCCGCGUCCCCGUCCCGCCGCGGGGCUCCGCGUCCCGGCCGCCGCCUGCGGCUGGACCUGCCUACCGCCCGGCUGGUCCCGCCGGGCCGCUCCCGGCCGCCCCUCAGGGAUCCGGCUGCCGCCUCUACAGCCGCCCCGCAGGCGAGGCAGCCGCCCCGGCUCCAGCUCCCGCCCGCCGCCCUCCUCCGCCUCUUCUCGGCCGCGUCCCGUUGGGAGCGGCGGGAAACGGGGGGGGGGGGGUGUCGUUUCCAUGGAGACGGGGCAGCAGCCGGGUGGUUUCGGAGUGAAACUUUGCCGCGGGCGGCCGUGAGGGCGGGAGUCCCGCCGGGGCACCUCAGUGAGGAGCCGGGAAAGUUUUGUGCGGCGGAGCCGCCGCCCGCCCACGCCCCCAACCGCCACCCCGCGGCCGUUCCCCCUCCGCAGCUCCUGGCGGCCCGCGGAACCCGCUGCUAUGGCACCCGCCCGUCGCCGCGGGGCGAGCAGGGGGAGGCCGCCUCCGGCUGGCCGUGCGGCGGCGGCGGGGGGGCGCGCAGCCCCCGGUCGGCGGGCGUCCUCCUCCUCCGGCCGGCAGUGACCGCCCCGGCCCCGCUCCCUGCCUGCUCGCCAUGCCCGCCCGCGCCUCGCCGAGGACGGUGCCGGGGAAGGGCGAGGGAAGCCGCCGCCCUGUCACUCCCUGAGCCAGCCGCCGCCUCACCGGAGAAGCCCCAUGUCCGCCGGGCGCCGCGCAGCCCCGCCGCUCGCCGCGCCGUGAGGGCUGCGGGCACCUCGCGCCUCCCCACAGUCUGUCAUCUAGGACCUGAGCUAAGCUGGUACAGCUGCAGAGACAGGACAGCUGCGAAUUUGGGACAUCACACAUGACGAUGGUGGUGCAGGGCACAAUAUAGAACUAUGAUAGCAACUGGAGGAGUCAUAACAGGACUGGCUGCCUUAAAAAGGCAAGACUCUGCCAGAUCUCAACAACAUGUAAAUCUUGCCACAGCACCAGCUUCUGAAGAGAAGAAACCAGUUAGACGUCGGCCCAGGGCAGAUGUAGUAAUCGUCAGGGGCAAAAUCCGUCUCUAUUCUCCGUCGGGAUUCUUCCUUGUUUUGGGAGUGCUUAUUGCAUUCUUUGGAAUUGCAAUGGCCAUUCUUGGGUACUGGCCCCAAAAGGAACAGCUUUUAGGAUCUGAAGAUAAUCUAUCUGUAAAUGAAACCCAAGUCCUGAGAAGCCAAGGAAGCAUUUUACUUCGUUUCUUUGAACAGCAUGUGCACUCGGAUAAGAUGAAAAUGCUGGGCCCUUUUACUAUGGGCAUUGGAAUCUUCAUUUUUAUUUGCGCAAAUGCCAUUCUGCAUGAAAACCGUGACAAGGAAACAAAAAUCAUACACAUGAGAGACAUAUACUCCACUGUAAUAGAUAUCCACACCCUGCGGAUCAAGGAACAAAAGCAGCUGAGUGGUGCCUUCACUGGCUUGUUGGGGGAAGGAGAGCUGAGGCACAGCGGGAGCUCGUGUGCAUCACGGCUGGCUGCAAACACAGUUGCACCUUUCUCUGGCAUCAAGAGUAAUUUCAGAAUGGAUAGUUCUGCUGAAGAAGAUGAGACUACCCUAAAUGAAGAUAGGACCACGGGUAGCCUCCUGCCACCUCUGCUGACUGAGCAAACUGGUUCAGUCUUUGGACUUUACCCUCACUCCAGCAAGGCUUCAGGUGACAAAAACACUAGCUCUAUAAAGUGUGAAACAAAAUCCAUUGUAUCAUCUUCCAUUAGCGCGUUCACACUGCCAGUAAUUAAACUGAAUAACUGUGUUAUUGAUGAGCCCAGUAUAGACAACAUAACUGAGGACUCGGAGAUCACUAGGAGUCGGUCUAGAAAUCUGUCAAUGGAUUCUCUGGCCAUUCCCCUGACUGAUACCAAUGAAUCCUACAGACCAGCUGCUACCAUGCUGCCACGACACAAUUCAUUUGUGGACACUCCAUCUGAUCAGUUCAAAUCUUCUAUGACUCUCGGACCAAGCACAGGAAAACUUUUAUCCCCUGGCGCUGCCAGGAGACAGUUUGGGUCCAACACAUCUUUGCAUCUUCUGUCUUCACAUUCGAAGUCCCUGGACUUGGACAGGGGUCCGUCUACGCUCACUGUCCAGGCUGAACAAAGGAAACACCCCAGCUGGCCCAGACUGGAUCGGAGCAACAGCAAAGGAUAUAUGAAACUAGAAAACAAAGAGGACCCCAUGGAUAGGUUACUUGUGCCACAAGCAGCAGUCAAGAAAGACUUUACUAAUAAAGAAAAGCUUCUUAUGAUAUCAAGAUCUCAUAAUAAUUUGAGUUUUGAACAUGAUGAGUUUUUGAGUAACAACCUAAAGCGAGGAACAUCUGAAACAAGAUUUUAAUAUUUAAAUUGCAAUUUAGAAGAUGUCAUACAGUAUUUUUUAAAAAAACAUUUUGACAGGUGUUUCCUUUUCAGUGAGACUAGUACAAGCCUGUUUUUAACUAAAUGCUUAAUAGCCCAUUAAAAUUGGCUUGUGUGAACAGAGAUCUUCAUCUUUGUAAUGCCAGAAAUUUUUUGUGUUAGUAACAUACAGCUGCAAUACUGUACAUUAUCAUUGCUCAGAGAGUUUUGGUACGAUUGAUUCCAAUUUUCCCCAACUCAUUAUUCUUUUGUUCUGUAUAAGCAUGUUACUUUUUAUCAAUUUAACUCCAGAAGCCUGCAUCAGGAAAAAAGCUCCAUUUACCUGUAUGUUCUAUUUAUUUAAUGACUGCAGGAGUCUAAAAAUGGUGCUUGCGUUCAAGAAUGGGAAGUGAGCAGGAGCAUAUACUGGAAUUGUCAAAUCCAGGCCUUUAUCCUAGGUGUUGUCUUUCACAUCUUGGUAACUGCAAUCUUGCCAUUGUCAUUGUGAGAAACUUGUUUACAUGUUGGGGUGGGUGGAUAGAAAAGAGUAGGUAUAAUUAAAACCAUUUUUGUGAAUUCAUUGUAAUUGGUCGAGGUGAAUACCAGUGUUGUGAAUUAUUAACUAUGCUUUGUACAAUAAUCUUUCAACAUCCAUUGUAAUUUAAUCCUGUAAUUCUGAGAAAGCAUAUAUAAAGUAAGAAAUCUGAAAAUUCUUCUGGGAUUAGUUCUCUAAACCACUUUGAUUGGCAGCAGUUUUAAAAUCAAAAUACACAGAUUCAAUUAAAAUCAUAGGAACAUGAUGAAUGCCAACGGGAUUUUAGAAACAUGGUGUAUCAUAAAAUGAUAUUGUGACAUGCAUCUGAAGAGAAUAAUGGAAAAUGAAUAUAUUGCCUCUCAUUACAAUAGCAAGAAGGUAAAUAACUAGAUCUCUAUGUUCAAAAUACUGAUACAAAGCAUAAAAUUCAAUAUGUAUACUAACAUAGUUUGAAAGCCCCUUGCCUAAAUUUUGAUUUAUAUGUUUCACAUAAUUAUUGGUGUGGUGGUUCACAGGAGGCUUAGCCGUGGCAAUUUGCAUUACAAGAUUCUGCAAAAGGAAGUGACAUUUAAAACAAUGUUUUUCUCAGCAGAGUGAGCUUCACAGUUGACAGUUGUAGGCUAUUGCUAAAGAAAAUGAGGAUUUGAAUGUGCACACCAGAAGGUUUUCAUGUAUUUCAUUAAGGUAUUUAGGCCGUGAUCCUGCCAUGACAGCCAUCCUAGAGAAUGUCACUUCAAGCUACAAGGCUCACCUGAAAGGAUAUUGGUCUUAAUUGGUCGGUUUUGAUAUAUUCACUUAAUCUAAAUACUCAGGAAUUAUUUUUAAUGGAUUUUCCCCCCAAAAAUCAAACCUGUUAAAAUGUCGUUGUUCUACAAUUACUUUGAUUAUGAAAGAUCAAAGAUAAAAAUACCUUUUUUUUUUUUUUUUUUUUUAAUAUUCAGCUCCAUACUUCAACUGCGCAGUGUUUAUGUAUCAGGAGCAUUACUUGCUCAGUGAAUUGAGGCAUAGUGUUAACUGUUAGAACCUCAAGCCUAUAUAUUGUAACAGAGUUGGCUAAAUAUUUUGCUAUGAAGCUUUUAAUAACUUUCUGGUUUGUGUUCUUAAGACCUUUGCUAUUUUUUGAAAUAAAAUGUCUAUCUACAUAUA